AUGAACUAUGUUUCUAAUAGAAUGCUUAAUUAUCUUGAACCUCAGAUGUACGCCAGGUUUACAAUAUUGGCUAAUCAGAAAGGAUGUAUCAACUUAGGUCAAGGAUUUCCCAAUUUCCCUCCACCUUAAUUUUUGAGAGAAGCUCUUUCUCAGGAAGCCUUGACUGAAUAGUUGUAAUAUACUUAGACUGCUGGCCAUCCUAAAUUGCUUAAUUCUGCCGCAUACUUCUUAGAACAAAGAAUGGGAUUAAAGAUUAACAUAGACAAGGAGAUAGUUGUGAGUUCAGGUGCCUAAUCAGUACUCUGUUGUUUGAUGUAAGGUAUUCUAAAUCCAAACGACGAACCUUUGGUAUUUCUUUAAAAAAAACAAUAGAUUUGUAUCGACCUUUUGAUUGAAUUCUCAGGGGGAAAACAUAUUGGUGUUCCAAUAAAGCCAAAAGUUUUUAAUACUAAAGAAAAUGGCCAAUUCAUUUAUUCUGAUGAGGAUAAGUGGGAAUUAGAUUUUGUAUAAUUGGAAUAAUCAAUUAAUUAAAAAACGAAGUUGAUCAUUUUAAACUCACCGAUGAAUCCCAUUGGAAAGUAUAUAUUUACAUUUAUAAUUGAAUAUUUUAACAAAGAUGAAUAUGAUAAAUUAGCAGAAAUCUUAGAGAAACACCCGAAUAUCAUUGUAUGUGAAGAUGCUGCAUAUCAUCAUAUAACAUUUGGAAACAACUAACCUUUCAUAUAUCCUAGGUGUAUCACUCACCCAAAAUUAAAAGACAAAUCUAUUUGUGUAAUGAGUGCUGGCAAGAUGUUUUCAGCUACUGGACUAAGAGUGGGAUUUGCUAUAGGAAAUGAAAAUAUCAUUAAAGGAAUGAAGGCAGCAUAAACCUAUCAUAUCUUUUGUUUGAAUCCUGUGAAUCAAACUGCCACAGCAAGAUGUUUAGAUUAAACUGCGGAUGGUAUUUAUUUUGAUUCUAUUCGACAUUUAUAUGAAUAGUAAGCUACAAAAUUGUUAAAAGGAUUAGUAGAAAGUAGAUUGAAUCUCAAUUAUUGGGUUCCUUCAGGUGGAUAUUUCAUUGUAACUGAUAUAUCCAAUGUUGAAAUACCUAAUAAAUAUUUUACUUAGAACGAUGUGAAGGUCACUAGAGAUUUUGCAUUUGCACAUUAUUUAAUAAAUGAAUUUGGAGUAGUCUGUAUUCCUUGUUCUCCUUACUAUGAAAAUAAAGAGACAGGCUAAAAUUUAGUAAGAUGGGCAUUUUGCAAGACUGAUGAGACCAUAUCAGAAGCAAUCAAUCGUUUAAAAUGA